UCGUGAAAAGUAGAACUUGAUCUCGAAGAAGAAGUUUUGUAUGAUUUCAACAAAAAUGUGUUUUUCUCAAGAUAAAACAGUGACGGAAAAGUUAUUUCAGUGAAAAAUAUUCAAAUCAAGAAAUUUCCCUCCUAUUUUGAACACUUGACAUACGUUCCAAGGAUUCGAGGAUUUGAGCACAUGCGCGAUAACCUACAAUUUCACUGCAGCCAUUUAUGUUGUUCGCAUUUUACCAAGUGUAAAAGAAACUAUUUUCAGGAUGACUGACUCCAUGAACUUUGGUCCAGAUUGGAUUCGUAAUCUUUCGUCUGAAGGAUCUAUGGGAGGAGGUGCUAGUGGAGGAACAAGGCAUCAGCUUGCCGAUUAUCGGUAUGGGAGAGAAGAGAUGUUGGCACUCUUUGAAAGGAAUUCAAAACCUCCAGCUUCGCUGACCAACUUCAAAUGUCUCUAUUCCGAUACAAGUCUCCUACCCUUGGCCUUACUGCAAACUAGUGAAGAAGAGAGAGGAUGGUCUAGCAGACUGGCGUCACAGCCUAGUGGUCCGCUCCGUGGCAGAGGGGGGUCUUUGGAACGAGGAGGGAGAAUAGGAAGGGGUAGGGGUGGCUACCAGUAUGGUAGGCCGGCCGGCUAUGAGGUAGGUUGGGGUAAUGGGGAGCAGCAGGAGUGGAGCCCUCGAAAAGAGUAUGGGAAUCAGAGAAACAUGUCGCUGGACAAUUGGAGAAGAUCACGAAAUAGCGAGGAAGACGACGGUUGGAGAAAUAUCAGUCAGGGCAGAGGUGGAGUACAUGAGAAAUGGGGGCGGUCUUCAAGUUGGAGGGGCGAGGGUGAUUCGGAAGAAAGAACGGGCCCCCCGGAAAGGGGUGGUCGUAGCCACUGGGGUGAAAAUCGUCCACCACCCUCUCGAAAGACGUGGGACAACGAAGACCACCUUCCAGAGUGGGCUACGGAAAAUCCAACUGACGGCGGAGGUACCUUUGAUGAAAAGGGGGCUUUUCAUGGUUCUGACGACGAACAACAAGGUAAACAUCCUAGUAGACGAGAAACGGGCCUUCAGAAAUCUACGUCUCAACAGCAUAUUGUCACCAAAAGGCAACCACCACCAUUGUCUUCCUCAAAAUCAACUACUUCUCUUGUUCGGCCAGAAGAUUCGUUUAAAAAACGAGAC